AUGUUUACAUUUGUUACAAAUGAUUAUAACAAUAUAAUUUGUCCAUUCUCUCAAUGUAAAUCGUUUAAUCUUGGUGUAAUUAGACCAAAUCUUAAUAGAAUGUCACUGAUAAACCACAAUUGUAACGGUAAAUACGAUAUAGGUGGUCAGUUUGGUACAGCAAAAGAUAUACCACUCCAAUUUACAUUUAUUAUAUCAAUACCAAAUUAA